UAUGGUUCACACAAAUUGAAUCUCGUGGGAAUUCAAUUCCUUCCUGAUCAACCCUCGCCACUUCAAACCAAAAAUCAAAACCAAUUAAAGACUCGUCGUUUCCAAUGGGCUUCCAUUUUUCACACUGCCAAUCCUUUUCAUUGAUUUGAUAGAAUCACACACACUAUAUAUAUCCCAGAAAUACUAACUCACAAAGAAUUAAAAAAAAAAUAAUCUCAGGAGCUUAAUAAGAAAAGAUCUUUUUUUUUCUUUCACUUUUUCUUUUCAUGGCUGGGACGCUUGGGUUUCCUUUGAGUGUCGCCUCUUUUUGUUCUUCUGUGAAUACUGGGCAGUCGAGUGUUCCUCUUGCUGCGCCUAAUCAGAGAUCGCAGAGAAGGGUUGGUUCUGUUUCAGAUUGUGCUUCCACUUCUGGUGAAUUUCUUCCAGGAUUUGCCUCCACACCCGCAAAGAGAUUCCCUCUUUUUGAGGUACAUGCGACUCUUGCUCAAGCCCAGGCUCCUAAAUGGUGGGAGAGAAACGCAGGGCCAAACAUGAUUGACAUUCAUUCUACGCAAGAAUUCUUGGAUGCUUUAAGUCAGGCUGGAGAUAGACUAGUAAUCGUUGAAUUCUACGCCACCUGGUGUGCAUCUUGCAAAGCACUGUUUCCAAAGCUUUGUAGAACAGCACAAGAGCACCGCGAAAUUUUGUUCCUAAAAGUAAAUUUCGAUGAAAACAAACCUAUGUGCAAGAAUUUGAACGUAAGGGUCCUUCCAUAUUUCCACUUCUAUCGCGGGAGCGAUGGACAAUUGGAGUCCUUCACUUGCUCACUUGCCAAAUUUCAGAAAGUAAGAGAUGCUAUCGAGUUACACAACACAGCUCGGUGCAGCAUUGGCCCCCCGCUUUUGACAGCAGCACAUCUCAAACUCGAGCCCCUUUUAGUGGGGAAGGAUUUGCCUGCAGCAUCGUCUUCUUCUUCUUCUUCCUUAUAGUUCCUCAGCUCGAUUGAAAGAUUUUUGCGUGACACGCAUUCCCUUUGAUUCGAUGGAGUCAGAAGCUAGCCCAGAGCAGCAAUUUGCUCAUAGUUCCAUUCCUGUAUAUUUACAUUCUUUUUUAAGGGUUUUAGGGAGAAGUAGGCAACUUUAUAUAUAUCAUUAUGGUACCACUCUUGUUCAAUUCUUUGUAUGGAAGCCAGUAUAAUUGUACUGCACUAGUCCAGUGCCACUGCCAUAUCACACAACAAUAAGUAAUUUUAACCAUAUCAAAGGCUCUUU